GGCUGUUUAAAAGCAGCUCGGUGCUGAAGCUGAGGACUUCCGUUGAUUUGCUGACUUGUUCCCCGUGGACAAAACGGGGUCUGGCAAAGCACAAAAAAAUCCAGCCGCUUCCAUCAGAUGACUGCAAUAAUCCCAUCCAUGUCUCGUCUGAUUUCGUUAUUAAUUUCAACCUAGUAGAGGAAACGAGUCUAGAAAAUCUAGCACAGCAUCGCCUCGCAACCCCCUCCCCCAUCUCUCUCCCUCCCUCUUGGUUUACCCAAGACCGGGACUCUGAAGCAAAUUCAUUGCUCUCAGUCAUUACCUGGCACUCCACUCUCUUUGAAAACAUUUCCAAUCAAUCUCCCUACAUCCAUGGAUGGAAAGUUUAAGGAGAUUGCAGAGGAGCUGUUCACUCGAUCCCUGACGGAAAGUGACAUGAGGACAGCGCCCUAUGAAUUUCCUGAGGAGAGUCCCAUUGAGCAACUGGAGGAGAGGCGACAACGAUUAGAACGUCAGAUCAGCCAGGAUGUGAGACUAGAACCAGAAAUUUUACUCAGAGCCAAACAGGACUUCAUGAAAAUUGACAGCGCUGCAGAUCUACAAUACUACAAAGAUCAAAUUGAUACUGCGGCAGUGAAGUUUCCAGAAGAACAAGAACAUGAUCUUGCCCAGAAAUUUCAGCGGGUUAGCAUAUCAGGAGAAGAUAAAUGUGGGGUUCCCUUCACUGAUCUUCUUGAUGCUGCCAAGUGCGUUGUCAAAAGUCUCUUUAUUCGAGAAAAGUACAUGGCUUUGUCCUUGCAGACCUUUUAUAAAACAACGAAAAGGUUUCUAGAGCAGCUGGGAGAUACGCAAUGUCAUGUAAAUAUAUACGAUGAAAUGCCAGAUACACCCAUUUCACCAGACUCAUCUUUCCACUCACCAUUUGCUGAGGAACACCCAUACAAAAAUUGUGACCCAAGUAUAAUGCCUGAGGAUAUUGGGUUUGGCUGCAAAAUGAUCGAUGGAGUCACACAUGUAUAUUCUAAAUCAAAUUUAAUGGACAAGUCUACAGAAGUGGAUCUGCCUUGUCCAAAUCUUCAGGAGUUUACUGCUGACAUGAAUGUUUUAAUGGCAUUAAUAAUCAAUGGACCAGUGAAAUCUUUCUGCUAUCGACGCCUGCAGUAUCUAAGUUCCAAGUUCCAGAUGCAUGUCUUGUUGAAUGAAAUGAAGGAGCUGGCUGCCCAGAAGAAAGUACCACAUCGAGACUUUUACAAUAUUCGCAAAGUUGAUACACACAUUCAUGCAUCAUCUUGCAUGAACCAGAAACACUUACUCCGUUUUAUCAAGCGUUCAAUGAAGAAGAACCCUGAUGAGAUUAUUCACAUGGAAAAUGGAAAAGGGCAGACUCUGAAGGAUGUCUUUGAGGGCAUGAACCUCACAGCGUAUGAUCUCAGUGUGGACACACUGGAUAUGCAUGCGGAUCGGAAUACAUUCCAUCGGUUCGAUAAAUUCAAUGCUAAGUACAACCCGAUUGGAGAAUCAAUUCUUCGUGAGAUUUUCAUCAAAACUGACAAUUACAUCGGUGGCAAGUACUUUGGUCACAUUAUAAAGGAGGUGAUGGAAGAUCUCGAAGAAAGCAAGUACCAGAAUGCAGAAUUGCGCCUGUCCAUCUAUGGUCGCACCAGGGAUGAAUGGGAUCGACUGGCAAAGUGGGCAGUGAUGCACAAAGUCUAUUCCAACAAUGUCUGCUGGCUAGUGCAGGUGCCACGGCUUUUCGAUGUCUUCCGUACAAAGAAACAGCUGAGCAACUUCCAAGAUAUGUUGGAGAACAUAUUUAUUCCCAUUUUUGAAGCGACAAUUAAUCCUCGCAGUCACCCAGAGCUUCAUCUGUUCCUUCAGCACAUUGUGGGCUUUGAUAGUGUCGAUGAUGAGUCCAAACCAGAACAACAAAUUUUCAAAGCAGACAGCCCAUUGCCUGUGAAUUGGACAGAAGAUGAUAACCCACCAUAUGCCUAUUACCUUUACUAUAUGUACGCCAACAUGACGGUGUUGAAUCAUCUCCGCAAGAAAAGAGGAUUCAACACAUUUGUUUUACGGCCACAUUGCGGAGAGGCUGGCCCCAUUCACCAUCUCAUAUCAGGAUUCAUGCUUUCACAGAAUAUCUCUCAUGGACUUCUGCUUCGAAAGGCUCCAGUGCUACAAUAUCUGUACUACCUGGAUCAGAUUGGAAUUGCAAUGUCUCCUCUGAGCAACAACAGCCUUUUUCUGAGUUACCAUAGAAACCCACUGCCGGAGUAUCUCUCCCGUGGCCUAAUGGUGUCUCUCUCCACUGAUGAUCCUUUACAGUUUCACUUUACCAAGGAGCCACUGAUGGAAGAGUAUAGCAUAGCUGCCCAAGUAUGGAAGCUGAGCUCUUGCGACAUGUGCGAGCUGGCACGGAAUAGUGUCCUAAUGAGCGGCUUCUCUUACAAGAUAAAGAGAUACUGGCUGGGGCCGAACUAUCAAAAGGAGAGCAUUGAGAGCAAUGACAUCCGCCGUACUAACGUCCCAGAUAUCCGAGUUGGCUACCGUCACGAGACACUGUGUGAAGAGCUGAACUUGAUCACACAGGCAUUAAUCACUGCGGAGCGGUGGGAGAAUGAAGCCAUAAACAUGACUCCAGUGUCUGAAUAAUGAUAAGCUGCUAUUAUGAUAAGUGAAUGAUGGUCGUCAUAUCGAAGGACAGUUGUUUAAAACAUUUUAUUUAAGAACACCUGUAGAGUGCUAGAGAAUCUAACUAUGUUUACACUCACUGUAUCAUUAACUAUUAUGACUUGGAAUUGAAACGAUUUGAAAAGUUGACCGUCAGAUAUGCACACAAUUCUUCCUACCUAGCAUUGUGCUUGUUUUUUACAGUAACUUGUGAAUGAUUUUAAAUAUAGUUGAUUUACACUUUUGGACAAGGGUUUUGACUGAAUGUCACGGCUGUCCAAGGUGGCUGGGUAAAUCUGCACUGCACCGCAUUGCUUCUCUCAUGACUGCGGCCAUGACGAUUCCUUUGGCCUGUUCCCCAAAAGAGCUGCCUCCCUGCUUUGGCUGUGUAGGAGCUGUCACCCAACCUUGUGACCGUAACACACAACUUCUGGAUAGUAUUAAUAACAGAGCAGCACCAGUUAGCAUGUUAGGCAUUGCCACAAGCAUGAUGUGACUUGGAUGUUUAGUAAUUGAAUAGGUUUUACUUUUGUUGAUGAUGUGCAUACUGAACACCCCAAUUAUAUAUGUUUAUUGUUUUUAAUAAGGGGUGGUCGCGUGAGCGUUGCAAGCAAUCAUUUUAACUUUCUGCCCAGCCUGGCCUCGACUUGCUUUUUGUGCAUUGGAGGAAGGUGGUGAAUUUGCACCUCACUCUGCUACCUAGAAGCACAUUAUUUACGAUGACUGUUUAUUUCUGUACUAAAAAUUAAACAUCGGUGUUGUCAAAUAUAGCAUCGUCCCAACCGAUCUUAGUUUAUGGUCUAACGGACAUAAAAGCAAAACAGUGUAGUUCUUUCCUCGAGCUUGUACAAUAUUCAUCCCUGAAAACACAACUGUCAAAAGGAGUCUAACAAGUCAUUUAUCUCAUAGUAAUUUAUGGAACCUUCCCGUGCUUAAUUUGGCUUUCAUUCAUGCCAAGAAGAUUAACACUUAAUACAUUUCAAAAGUAAUCUGCCACCUAUAGAGUGCUCUGGGACAUUCUGCGGGCUAUCUAUUCUUCAGUUUUAUAUUUGAAUCCAUCUUGUUUUUUUUUAUUGGAUGCCAGACUUUUAGAAGACUUUGAGUCAUCAGUUUCUAUUCCUCAUGGUUUCCUGUCCCCAGUCCAUGGCAAAACUAAUGUAGAACAGGUCAACCCAUAACCUCAUAUCCAUGACAUCAGUGAUUUUCCAGCAACUCCAAUCUCAUAAACAUUAGACAGUUGCCCUAAAUGUAUUGCAUUCAAUAUUAGUCACAGACUGAGUCAUUUGCAGUGUGUGUAUUAAUAAAUGAUGCAGGCUUCUUUAAAAAAAAAAGAAGAAAAAGUCCAGUUUUGAGUUUUUAAUUAAUUGGUGAUUA